GUGGCGGAGGGAGGGCAAGAUAAAGGGACGAGGCACAGUCCGCCAAACGUCUCCAAACGCGGGGAAGGAGCUAUUUUAUCCCGCGUUGGAGCGAUUUAUAAGUGGCGCAGGACCAUAAGCAAGGACGGAGGCGUGGUCGAGAGGUCGUUCCCGGGGUGAACAUUAGCCUGAGACUUGAAUGUCGUCGGAAAUGCGGUGGGGAUAAGGCGCGGAUUCGCCUUCCUUUCUACAGGGUUAGGAAGCUGCCCACCUUCGAUUUGUAGCCCGUCACCAGAUUUUCGGAGAAAGAGGCUGUCCCAGUUGGGCUUCGCCUUCGAUCUUUCGGGAUCGUCAUACCUGGGACUCUGUCUGCAUGCCAGGCACGUGCGCGCCCGUGGAGUUCCGGACUCUCAGCCCCAUCUUGCUUCUCCUGGCGUAAGAGUGAGUAGGAAAAUGGAAUAGUUUUUUUCUAUGUGAUUUUUAUCAGACAAAUGACAAUUCAUUGAGACAACAGAGGAAAAGGAAUCCAGGAUGGAUGGCUUAGUUAAACAGAAAGGUAUGCUGAAAAAGCAUAAUAAGGCAAUUGACACCAAGAAGAAGAAUGGGUUGAUUAACACAAGGAACUUAAUGGCUGAAAACAGGGAGGGGUUGGUAUCUGUAUAUCCAACUGCUCAGUAUCAGGGUCGGCCAGUUGGGACUCUCUAUCCCCCAAAUGACCCAAUACAACAGCUUCUUGACCCCAGUACUCUGCCACAGACAGUAGAAUCCCGCUAUCAUCCAAACAUCAUCCUCUAUUCAGAAAGCAUGCUACGAUCGUGGGGAGAAAGCCUGAGUGCAGAAUGCUGUGAAACAACUUUUAUUGAGGACAAGUCACCCACCAAAGGCUGCCUGGAUUAUCCUGAAGGCAAAUUUGUCAGUCUAUCCACAGAUGAGAUUAAGAUCCAGACCCUCUCCUAUGAUGUGGAAGAAGAAGAAGAAGAAGAAGAUGACGACGACGACGACGACUUCCAAGAACUAGAGAGUGAUUACUCAAGUGACACCGACAGUGAAGACCAUUUCCUUAUGAUGCCUCCCAGGGAUCAUCUUGGACUCAGUGUAUUCUCCAUGCUGUGUUGUUUCUGGCCAUUGGGAAUAGCUGCUUUCUAUUUGUCACAUGAGACAAACAAAGCCAUUGCUAAAGGGGAUUUCCACCAAGCAAGCUCCAGUUCACGGAGAGCUCUCUUCUUGGCUGUGCUAUCCAUCACCAUUGGAACAGGCAUCUAUGUAGGAGUUGCUGUAGCACUCAUAGCUUAUCUAUCCAAAAACAACCACAUAUGAAAUUUGACAAAUUAGACUGCUACUGAAAGCUAUAGUGGAAUGGUAUUGUACCUUUCAAAUAUAAAUAGUUUCGAGAAUGAGAAGGGCUGUCAAAAAUUUAUACAAUCUGAAUUCUGAAGAAAAAUGUUCUGGAUCUUUUUUACUUUUCUGAUUUAUUUUUAGUAUUGGCAAAACUCUUAUUGCAAGAAAGCCAUGGGCAUUUCCAAAUACCAAAAGGUAGUCUCAGACCUUGUUUGUAAUUUGUUUUUUGUGUAAAUUAGAUUCAAUUCCAAAUUUGGGAUCACCUGUCAAAAAGUAAGAGUCAUCUGAAGUUACAAAAUUAAAGGUGGAGGGUCUGAAAGUGAUUUUGCUAUCUCAGAAAGCUAAUUCUGGAUUCUGGAUGGCUAAGAACUAGUAACUGGCUUAGUGCUUAUCCAUGACUAAAAUACAAAUAAAGCUGCAGAAUCAGUGUAAUGUAGGAAUAGCAAGGGACUGUCAGUUCUUUUAUUCAAUCAUAAUCAGAAAAGGGCCAUCCCUGAGCCAAAUGAAAUGCAGUAGCUGAGGUGGCAGAUUUUGGUGUUAUAAGGAACAGCAGAAUUGGAAAGUGAGGGUUCCAGUUAAAGUAUAAAGGUGUUACAUACUUUGCAUAAACUGCACUAGAAUACACAGAAGCUGUAUAACACAUAACAGUGGUCUUGUGCAACCCUGUUCUUUGACUCAGUGUAGCUUACACAGGAAUGUUUCUACACAGAAGAACACAGGUUCAUAAAUGAUUUCAUUGAACAGCUUUGAAGUCAAAGCAUCUUGUGCUGGUUGGCCCUGCUCCUGUCAAAAAAAACCCUCGCUUAUAAAGCAUGCUAUUCUUUCUGGCAGCAUCUCUUUUCCAGAGAGGAUUUUUUUUUCAGCAAGUAAAUAUAAGAAACCCAUCCAUAAAUGUCAUGGCAAGGCAUGAAGUAUCUAUCACUGAGAAACCAGCCUAGUGGCACAAAAAUGUUUUCUUAGCUUACAGACUCACAUCUGAGCAAAGCUGGAAUAUGUUGGAAAAUGUCUCUUGGUACAAAACAUGAAUAAACAAUGGUCAUAUUGUAAAGAAUGUAUUUAAUAUUUUAAAAAUUGUUUAAAAAUCAUGAUAUAUCUCUUCUAAUGGUCUUUUGCUCUCUUGAAGCAAUCUUUUCAUGUGGCAUUUUACAGAAUCUUAUAAAACCAUUCACUGCAAUGAGAUAAGGUAUUAUCUGUCUUGAUUUUUAUCAACAUUAUUAAUCCAAGGUAUUUUCAACAUUUGAGGAUGUUUAAAAUUUGUUUACUUUGGGAUUAAUAUAUUUUCUGUAAAAGCUCCUAAACCUAUGAUGAAAACUGCUAUUAAAUUGUAGUUUAGAUUGGGAAAAGCAAAGUGAGUGGUUGAGAUAUCAAGGGAAUCUUGUCCAAAUACCAAAUCAAGUCAAAAGAUACCAAUAUAAAUUCUUUUCAAAAUCUGGGCUUUACUAACAGCUUGGUUUAAUCAAUUAUAGCUUUUCCCCACUCUUUUAUAAAUUGUUUGGUAUCAGUUCUUAAAGUCAACUAAUGGAAAAUACCUUGGAUGGAUCUGCCAGUUCAUAUAGUUACAGAUCCUACCAGGGAGGGCCAAACAGGUGAAGCAAAGUCAAAUAAUAGAUCUCUGACUAGUGAUGGAAACUUUUGAUGCUAGUAACGCUACUGGCUACUUAUAGCUAUUAUAUUGUGCUUCUUCAGUGAUCUAUUAUCGAGGAAGAACUGCAUUGCUUCCAUAGUCACCUUAAAAGUAAUGUUGCUCCUAUACUACAGGUGGCUUGAAAUGUCUAACAGUGUAAUUACAUAAUCUAAUUAGAAAUUGGCAUUAGGCUAUUGUGGAAACAAUGCUUUUUCAGGAAUAUGUUGAGUUGAUCAAAUUAUAUUCCCACAACACCAUGAAGUAAGAUGCUAUGUUUGUACAUGGGGCUGACAAAGAAAGUGACUUGCCCUAGGCCAUUCCAUAGAAGAGGUGAAUUUUGAAACAAAAGUCUCCUGAAGAGAAACUUCACUCUUCUCAUUGGCCUAUAAUAAAGUUUAUUCUUAUACUUUGAAGUAUUUUGCUGAAUGCUCAAUAGUUUAAAGAUUUCCAUCCAACAUAUCUGAAGAUAAAAAAUAUAUCUUCUUUCUGUAAAAUUUAUUCAUGUGAGGAGGAGAAGGAC